GCUAGGAGUCCCUGGGAGAGUGGAGGCUCAUUCACUGAUUAGAGGCAGCUUCGAGAGGCAGCGCUGCGCUCUCCUUGGCUCCCAGCAGCUGUGUCAGGCUCCUGCUCACUCCCAUGCUGGCUGAAGGCGCUUGCACACACGCGCCGGGCUUAGCACGUCCGGCUCUCCUCCCCGCGCAGCAACAGCCCAGGCUCUCGCUCUCCGCAGCCUGACAUCAAAGGGGGACGCCACCUCUCGAGGAAUUUUCACGCUUUGGAACAGUGAUGAAACUCCAGUGAGACCCCCCAGCUCUCCACCCAGACGUUGCUUUGUUUUCCAUCCAGGGAAGACCAUUUUCCUUGCGGCCCUGUCAAGGAAAGAGACUCCGAUGGACUUACACCGGGCAGCCUUCAAGAUGGAAAACUCCUCCUACCUUCCCAAUCCUCUGGCAUCUCCAGCCCUGAUGGUUCUCGCUUCUACCGCUGAAGCAAGCCGCGAUGCUUCCAUCCCUUGCCAGCAGCCAAGGCCCUUUGGCGUUCCAGUAUCUGUGGACAAGGAUGUGCACAUCCCAUUCACUAAUGGCUCCUAUACUUUUGCCUCCAUGUAUCACCGACAAGGUGGUGUGCCAGGAGCAUUCACCAACCGUGAUUUUCCACCUUCCUUGCUGCAUCUGCACCCCCAGUUUGCUCCCCCCAAUCUGGACUGCACCCCAAUCAGCAUGCUGAACCACAGUGGCGUUGGGGCCUUCCGCCCCUUUGCCUCCACUGAGGACAGGGAGAGUUACCAGUCAGCUUUUACACCUGCCAAGCGUCUGAAGAACUGCCAUGACACUGACUCUCCCCACCUUCGCUUCUCAGACGCUGAUGGCAAGGAGUAUGAGUUUGGAGCCCAGCUCCCAUCUGGCUCCCCCGGCUCCCUCAAAGUCGAUGACACGGGGAAAAAGAUCUUCGCUGUCUCUGGCCUCAUUUCGGACCGGGAGACCUCAUCCAGUCCCGAGGACCGAAAUGAUAGAUAUAGAAGCGACAGCCAAGGAGGGCCGCCAGCGUCUGCAGGGGCCAGCCAGCGCAUGGCGUUAACUUUCCCUCUCUGCAAAAAGAAGGCAACACUUUUUGACAGCCAGGCUCCCAUCUGCCCCAUUUGUCAGGUCUUGCUUCGCCCGGGUGAGCUGCAGGAACACAUGGAGCAGGAAAUGGAGAAGUUAACACAGCUCAACAUCAGGCUAAGAAGAGGGACCUCCAGCUGUGGGAGCCCUGCAAGCGCAAGACAUCAGCUUGGUAAGAACUCUAUAUUGAAGGAUGUCAUGGCUCCAGGUACUCCCAAGUCAAUUUUGUUGUCAGCCUCAAUCAAGCGAGAAGGAGACUCUCCAACGGCAUCACCUCACUCCUCAGAUGAUAUCCAUCACUCAGACAGAUACCAGACCUUCUUGCGAGUGAGGGCAAACAGACAGACCCGGCUGAAUGCUCGGAUUGGAAAAAUGAAACGGAGGAAGCAAGACGAAGGACAGGUAUGUCCCCUCUGCAGCCAACCUCUCUCAGGAUCCGAGGAGGAGAGGAGUAGGCAUGUCGAACAAUGCCUUGCAAAGAGGGAAGGCUCAUGCAUGAUGGAGGAUGAUGCAGUGGACAUUGAAAAUGAAAAUGGUAAUCGCUUUGAAGAAUAUGAAUGGUGCGGGCAGAAGAGGAUACGUGCCACUACUCUCCUGGAAGGGGGAUUCAGAGGGUCCGGGUUUGUCAUGUGCAGCGGCAAGGAGAAUCCAGACAGUGAUGCUGACCUUGAUGUGGAUGGAGAUGACACACUGGAAUAUGGAAAGCCACAAUACACAGAGGCAGAUAUCAUUCCGUGCACUGGGGAAGAACCAGGUGAAGCCAAGGAGAGAGAGGCGCUUCGAGGUGCAGUCUUAAAUGGUGGCACGCCUAGUACCCGAAUAACACCAGAAUUUUCUAAGUGGGCAAGUGACGAAAUGCCAUCAACGAGUAAUGGAGAGAGCAGUAAACAGGAGCCUAUGCAAAAGACCUGCAAGAAUAGUGACAUAGAAAAGAUUACAGAAGACUCAGCAGUGACAACGUUUGAGGCGCUAAAGGCUCGUGUCCGCGAAUUAGAAAGGCAGCUUUCCCGUGGGGACCGCUAUAAAUGUCUCAUUUGCAUGGACUCCUACACGAUGCCCCUGACCUCCAUCCAGUGCUGGCACGUGCACUGCGAGGAAUGCUGGCUGCGGACUCUGGGUGCCAAGAAGCUGUGCCCUCAGUGCAAUACCAUCACCUCUCCAGGGGACCUCAGGCGUAUCUACUUAUGAAGGACAUGGCUGCCCCCAGGGAUUUGGGGGAAAGAAAUGGCAGCAACAAUGAAAGACAUUUGAAAACAAAACCUAGAGACUCCAAAUGUGAACUAGAGGCUGAGGGAGCAGCGCAAUGCCUCUGCUUCCAAACCUGUCACUGGUGCCGCCAACUCCACAGGAAGGCAAACCAGAAUCCUAUUGUGAAUCCCGGCCUUUUUUUACAGACUGAUGUUCCACACCUGUCCUAUUUCUUCAAGAGCGAGGUUCCAUCAUGGACUACUUGCAAGCCUUUCCAGGGGAGCGUCUUGACAAGCCAACCUGGCCCAACCCCACAUGCCAACUCAAGUAGGGACUGGAUCUUCCACAGCAGGAACUGUCAUAACCUGUCACUUGUGUUCUCUCCCCUCCCCUUUUUUUGUGGUGUUCUAGUGUUUUUUAGAAGUCAGAGAGAAAGAGAGAGCCUACACUUGCAAACCCACAAAGGCAGAAUGAAGCACAUGUAAUAUAGACUAUAUGUUUACAAUGUUGUGUAUAAAUGGGAUAGACUCCAACAUUACAUACUAAUAUGUUUCCCUUUUAUUUUUUCCUUUGUUCUUGGGUUGUACUUUUUUUUAAAAAAGAGAAAAAAAUAAGCAGAGAACAUUAAACCCAUAUUUUUCUUGGUUCUACAAAGUUUUGGCAUUAAAGUCAUUAGUUUAAAAGAAAUAUAUAUAUAUAUAUAUAUUAUACAUAUAUAUAAUAUAAAUGGUUUAAUGUUCUGUGGUGUAUAUUUCCUCAUUCAGAUAUGACGUUAACAGCUUCUAGUAACAGCUGUAGUUUUUGCCCAUAACACAACUUCUGGGGGAAGUAGGGAAAAGUAGCUAAUGGGCUCUUUUUAUCAAAUCUUUAUCACACUGAAACAGUUUUAAUUUUUCACUGAGGGGAAAGCAAGAAACUUGCAGAUCAGGCUUACAAGGCUUUACCCCAUUGUCAGCUGGGAAAAGGACAGAAGUUUACAUGAAGAUGAAGCAGCAAAAAAUAGGUUGGGCAGUGGUGGUUAUCAGAAUUCAGGCCAGUAAGUUUAUCUCUUAAAAGCUGGAAUUGUAUUCACCCGCCUCUGCACCUGCUCUGUAUCCUGUGAUGCAAGAGUAAAUGCAAAAACCUCUGAAAAAACACCGUAUUUUAGCCAUCCAGUAUCUGAGCGGUGGUGGGGGUGGGGCGCAGGGAGUAUUCUAGCACUUCCUCCAUUCUACUUCCUCAUGAAAAAUUACGUGUUUCACUAGUAAGGCAGGUUCUGUAUCACUCUGGCAUACUGUUUUGCCAUGCCCAGCCACUUCCAGUCUGCCUUGCUCUGAAAUGCUUUUCCAUGCAGGUGCAGCAUGAUGUCCCAAUUUUUCAGAGGUUCAGGUCCAAUAAAACAUCAAGUUCCAGUUUCGAAAAGAAAAGAAAGUGGGGCAUGUGUUGGUUUUUUGUGACACUGGUCUCGUUUCUUCCUGUUAUCUCUCCUACUUGUACUGUGGCAAUAGUGGAACUCAACCCAGGCAGGUCCACACAAGGUUGGAUUCAGUUAAUCCCUCUUCACCUGUUUCUGCAGCGUUCCUGACAUCAACCUUUUACUCAGACCCCUGUUCUGCAUUUUAAAUAUCUCCAGCUGUGGCUCACGUAUAUUCUGCUUACUACCUGCCUUUAUCAGAAACAAGCAACUGACAUUUUAAAAUACAUAGCCAAACAAGCCUCCUGCAUUCCACCCGAGGGAAAUUUUACAGGGUUGCCGGAAGCUUGAAAGGGUUAGCAAGCACUUUGCUUGGCAAUAAUUUGGGUAGGCAAAUGUCCCUGUCAUGAAUCACCUUUUAAACUGAGGCAGACUGCUGCUUUGGGAUAUCCUGCAAGGUAUUUUGUUCUUUUUCUCUAAUCUGUGACUUAAGCACUAGAAAGUCAUAGUUGCACUAAAGCAUCUGGCUAUCGUCAGUCAUGCUGUUGUCAAAAGGAUUGGUUUUAUAUGAAUGAGACUUCUACGACAAGAGAGUUGUAUUUUGCAGUACAGGAUUCCAUAUUCCUGUUGCAAUUUGGCUGAUAAUGUGCUACUGCUGUCUACUGAAUGCAAGCUGGAAAUGGCUAUCAUCAACAGGGUCUUGCUGUUUGACUUCACCCUGUUCAACACACACUAUUGUCUAGUGGGAAAUAGUUUCAUACUCUUAGAGCAGCCGCAGCCAAUAUGGUGCCCUCCAGAUAUUGGGACUACAACUCCAAAUAUCCCUAACCAUUGGCCAUGUUGGCUGGGGCUGAUGUGAGUUGGCAGUCCCCUGCACCAUAGUGGCUACGACUGCAGAAUUCUAAGCUUCCAUUGUGUCCAAAGAACUUCUGAACUGCUAUGUCUCACUCAAACUACAAGUGUUUCUGAUUGCUGCUACAUAGGAACAAGUCUGAGGAAGGGCCACCUGCAGCCUGUAUUACCAGGAGAAACACAUUUUCAAGCAGCAGUUGAUUGGCAUCAUAAAUAGGUAGCAAUAGUUUGCAAGAGGCACAAAGUUUCAGCAGCUGCCUUUGCUCACGAUGGGGCUUCCUCCACUGGUAUAGCACUUAAGCCUUCCUAAAGGCAAUCAAAUGAAAUUUGUCAUGGUGGGGAUGUCUGAAUUGCACCCAAACCUGCUCACCUUGUACAAGCAAUGUCUGCUCAGGCAUUUAGGACAGAGCUAUAUUUCUCCCAGAUCUGUUUCAGAAUAGGCAGUGCUGAGGCAGCUCAUUUUUUGAUUUCCCAGUCUGGGAACAAUGAGCUUUCUCUGGUCCUGUGGACCACCACUAAGCCAAAUGAAUAUAUAUAAACCACAUAUAACUAGUAGGCUUUAUUUUUAAAGUUGAUUUGUCCCUACCUUUUUUUCUUGAUGGGGUAGGGAGGGGAGAGAAGACCUGAUGGGAAGAUGCAAGGACUUGUUACCUCCUCUGGAACGAGGCACAUUUUGCAAAACUCUGUGACUUCUUCCUCAAAAAGCUUAAAAAGAAAUGAACUAUCUUUGCCCAAAGAUUCCCAGCUGCACAAGGUGAUAUUCAAGUUGUGUCUAUGAUUGUGUGUCGAUGUAUAUUCUAUAAAAAGGUACUUGUCAUUCCCGUUUGUAAACUACAUUGACAUUAAUUAAAUGAGUAUAAAAUCUUCCAAGUUUGCCUCCUGUCUUCUACUUGCUUCCUGGUUUCAACCCUGGUUUUGGCAAUUGCAUAAAUGUAUGCUCCUGUUCCUGCUGCCCUCGAAACAUGGUAGCUGUUAAGUCACAUUCAUGCAGGACCCACUGAAUUAUCCACCUGCUCCAAUGCCUUAUGGCGGGGGCUUUUUUCAUCCCAAGAGUCAUAUUCCUUCAUGGACUACCUUCCAAGGGCCUGCAUGCCAGUAGUGUUCCAUGUUUUGACUUUUCCUUAAAAUAUUCUCAAACCAUUUGUGCAAAUACACAAGGAGGAUCUAAUGAGCCCUGUCAGCAGAAACCCUGUGCAAAGACUUCUGGUUGCCCAAUGGGGCUUCCCUGCUAUCUGUUGGCUGUGGGGAGGAGAACCCUUCGAGCGGCACGAGGCAAGUGGGAUCAUUCCAUAUGGCAGGCAAACCGAAAUGUUUGAGCAGAAAUGAUCAAAAUGCUGGAACAGUGCCCUUAAAAAGGGAAAGUCAAAGUUUGGAGCACCUAAAAAAAAGAUUUGGGAACCUAAUAGACAGAAAAAAGUACUCAUGUGUAGAGAGUGCUCCUCUAUCUCAAAUCUAAGAGUCCAAGACCAUCAAGCAAAGCUGAUUGUUGGGAGAUUUAGGACAGACAAAGUAUACGUCUUCACCUAGCAUACAGUUAAACUCUCACUAACUUUAAAGAGAUGAUAAAACUAGUAAAAAUCUAGUACAAAAAAGCCAGAGCUACUUGUUUUUCAAACCUGGUUUCUAAAUAUUAAAAUGUUUAACAUAACUCAAGUUAUUUUAAGUUACAGAAUAAAUAAAACAAGGAAUGGGAAAGCUGUUGCAGCCACCACAUUUGUGAAAACUAUAUACAUAAUCCCAUAACUCAUGUAGCUAAAUGCUGAGUUGGAAGGUGCCUCCUGAGGUCAUCUAGUCCUACCACCUCUACAAUGCAAGAUCUAUAUCAGGCAUCCCCAAACUGCGGCCCUCCAGAUGUUUUAGCCUACAACUCCCAUGGUCCCUAGCUAACAGGACCAGUGGUCAGGGAAGAUGGGAAUUGUAGUCCACAACAUCUGGAGGGCCGAAGUUUGGGGAUGCCUGGUCUUUAUAGUGCAGAAUGAAAUGCCUUCCUAGAUAACAGCUAAUUUAGCCUCUGCUUAGACCCCUCCAGCAAGAGAGACAGUCAUCCCUAAGAAUGUGCAAAAUCCCAUUGCCCAUUUGCCUUCUGAACAUGCUGCUUAUGGAGUUCCAUCCAGGCUCUUUCCCUGAAGUUUUGGGCUGUAACUUAUUUGUAUGCUGGCAACCAAUAGUAUCUGUACACAAGUCAGCCAGAUCUACUUAUAGCAUGGAGUCUUAUUAGUAACGCUAGGUAAAGACCCAUGGAAUUACACAGGGCUCCAGCUCUUUUCAUUCUCCUACUCAUCCCAAACUUCAAACCCUAAUUACUAGCAAAACCCUACAUCUUGCCAAACAGAGGAUAGGAGUCAGAUCAGGAGAAACAAACUUUUCCAGCCCCUUGUUCUGCUUGCAGCAAGGGUCUCGGAAAGGGUCUCUACCAAGGAGAAGAGGUACCGAAGGAACAGCAUGAGGCAGAGAAUCUGCAAGAAUAGGAUAUGAGCAAGUUUACCAAAUAAAUAGGUGCUUUCCCCAAUCGAGGGCAUUUGUAGGAGCAUAUAAUAAACUAUCCAUCCCUUCAUUCACUGCCUUGAGAGUAGAGCCACACAUUACCUUGCAUCACAUGGUCCCCAACCUACAUCUGCACAGAUAAUGAAAACGUGGGGGCAGGGGGGGCACUUGUAGGUAAGAAAGAGUGGUUGGGUGAGUCCUGAACCCUAUCUGUGCCCAGAAACUUUCCUGUAUAAAUCCCCCCCAGGAAGGUCUGAGUGUAGCUAGGUAAAAAAUGAAUAAAGCAUGCCAUGAGGUAUUUGCAAGGGAGUACCUGACACAGGGUAAAGCACCCUCCCUGUCUGCUGAGUCUCCUCUUGCAUGUGCUGCCCUCAACAUUAGAGCUGGGAAACACUUUUUUAAAAAAGUUAUUUACUGAAUGUAUAUACAGUAGUUGUAUAUAGUUGCUCACCAAUAAAUAUUUUCUGGCAUAGCUGCCAAGUUAUCCCUUUUUUAAAGGGAUUUUCCCUUAUGCUGAAUAGGCUUCCUCACGAGAAAAGGGAAAACUUGGCAGCUAUGUUCUCUGGGCAGCUUGCAAAUAUAUGCUAAAUACAAUAAAAGCAAAAAAACUAGUUACACCAGCCCAGAUUUAAAACACAAUUGAAGCUAGACUGCAAUCCUCAACUGGCUACUGGAGUUCCUGCCUUACAAAGGAUAAAGCAUUCCUGUGCUAAGCUGCUGCUUUUCAUUCAAACAGGUAGUGGGAAAUCUCUGGCCCUUGGGUCCUUAGGCCACUCCCCUCAGUGGUCUUGCUCUAUCCC